ACUUUCUACAACCACCGCCCAGCCAACAACGAUGCUGCAUGGUGGAGCUGCGGUGUGCGCUGCCAGCAGCGUGACCGCGGUGGCAGCAGCACCAUGGCUGCUGAGGUGCUGUGGCAGUGCAGUGCGCAGGGCGUCGUGGAGGCAUGCCGCGCAAGGCAUACGCAGUCAUGCUGCAGCCCGUCGGCUUGUCACUACAUUGCCUCGUCCACACCUGCGUGCGCUCGAUCGCCGUGCCGUUGUUGCUGCCGGCACUGGAAGUGUGCCACACUCCAUGUUUUGCAGCGUCUCAUCAUUCACCACAAGCGCAACACAAGGAUCUGCUGAGGUUGACGGCUCUGCAACAGCGCCAGACGCCGCGUCCGACCACCUUGCAUCUGGCAGCACGUCGCCCGUGUCCACUGCAGCGGCGUCGCCACCGCAAUCGCAGGCAAGUUGGCUGGACAAGCUUGCGCCACUCUCAGGCAAUCAAAUCACGCUGCGCCCAUAUCAGGUCGAGGCCAUCGAGAAAUCACUCGAAGCCAUCAAGAAUGGCGUCCACGCGCAAGCAAUCUCGCUGCCAACGGGCGCAGGCAAAACCGUCAUCUUCAGCCACCUCAUCCCGCUCGUCCCGCCGCCGACAACAAAGGCAACCAAGACACUUGUCCUCGCACACCGCAAAGAGCUGCUCAAGCAGGCACAUGACAAGAUCCGCGCCAGCAACCCAACCCUCACCGUCGGCAUCGACUCUGGCACAUCCCACCUGGCCAAAACGGACGAUGUGGACGUUGUGCUGGCCAGCGUGCCCAAGCUGGGCCGCAUGGAGGCCGAUAUCCACCUGGAGCGCUUUGACCCUGAGGAGUUCAAGCUCAUUGUCAUUGACGAGGCCCAUCACGCAACCGCAGAGACAUAUCAGCGCGUACUCGACUACUUUCUCAAAGAUGCCGAUGACCCCGAUGAAGCCGGCAACAGCAACGACAGCAACACUGAUGCCGACGACAGCGCGCGUGACGACGCUGCUGGGGCGCGUGUGCAUGGCGAUUUCCCCCACGAUGACACCACUACCAAUGGCACAAGCAGCACCGUGGCAUCUGCACCGCCUUCAUCUGCACACCCGAAGCCACACGUGUGGGGCUGCUCUGCCACGCUUGUGCGGCCGGAUCGGGUGCCGCUUGCGAACGUGUUUGAACAGAUCACCUACCAAGUGUCACUGCCACAGAUGCUGGAGUGGGGAUACGUGUCCCCCGUCACCGUGUUGCAGGUUGACGUGCAAGAACCCCCGCAUAUGGGCAACGACGUGCUUGUGCAGCCAAGGAGCAUCGGUGGGGGUGCAUCAUCGGAUCUUGGGCAGCACACUAGCGCCGGUAACACGCGUUACCACACGCUCGAACGCACACGCAGCCAGGACGACGACGGCAACGACGAUUACGAUGACGACAACGACAGCAUCAAUGAGCGGGAUGCAGAAAACGGCAGCGGUGGGCCCGAAAGCGCCAUUUCGUUCUCGCUGGUGUAUGAGGAGUGGAAGCGGCUGGCUGAGGGCCGCAAGAGCACGCUCGUGUUUGUGUCCAAGAUUGUGCAUCUCGAGAACAUUCAGAACGUGUUUCGAGAGAACGGUGUGGAUGCGCGCCAGCUGACGGGACAGACACGUCUCGAUCUUCGAGAUCGCAUCCUCUCCGACUUCAGAGCCAGAAAGUUUCCCGUUCUGAUCAACGUCGGCGUGCUGACAGAGGGAACAGACCUGCCGUGUGUUGACUGCAUUGUGAUUGCACGGCGCGUCGGCUCGCACACGCUGCUGGCGCAGAUGGUUGGGCGGGGCCUUCGCUUGUAUCCGGACAAGGAGAACUGCCUCAUCCUCGAUUGCAUGAAAACAUUCGCCUCGCUCUCCCUCUACCUCGAGCCCACCCUCCAUCCCAUCAGAGCCAAUCGCGAUGGGCCAGCACUCCCGAACGGCGAAGAGAAUGGCCAGGACGAGGUUCAAGACAAGGAGGACAAUGAUAAGGUGGAAGACGCCCAUGAGUGGGAGGAGACGCAAUCACUCGAGCACGUCAACAUGGUUGCGCAAGAGGUGGAUCCUCUGUGGCAGGUGCCGGAGAGCGACCUGUUCAAGGUGGCGGAAACAUACAUUCUUCCUCUCUACACCAAAGAUGAAUUCCUUGUCCUUCAUCCAAAGGAAGACAAGUACAUUGCCGCCAUCAUCCACCUCGCGUCGCAUCGGUGGACGGUGCGCCAGUAUCUGAACCCGCGCGACGUUCGCGUGAACAUCAACGCGAGCAAGCCGGCGGAUAUACUCGCCGUUCUCCACGCGCACUCGUUUGUCGACGACGACUUGAAGCGGAUGUAUUACGCAACAAAGAGUAUGCAGAAGCAACCCGCCACGACGCGACAGCUUUCAUUUAUUCGAAACCUCUAUCGGGACGCGAGCAUGCGCUUCCCUGACUUGGACAACUACACCAAAGCGCAGGCAUCACGCCUCAUCACAUACGGUCACGUCAUCAGGCGACGAUUCCCAGGACCACUGCGGAGCGGGCGGCUGGACUGGCUAUUGCAGCCGCCGUAUGACCUCUGA